AUGGAAUUUGUCUACACUGCUUCUGAGGGUGCAGCAAAUGGCAUCGAGUCAAUGAGCGCUUAUUCGCUGCAUUCAAUACUUCCAGUGAACUCCCGAGAAUGCGAUGGCGCAAUAAUUGUUUGGUCAGCGGGUGACUCGUCGGAUUAUAGCACGCUGAUGGGCGCUCGUCGUCAUGUCAGCGUCUCCACCUCUCCACCCUUCUCUCAGCGGUCAUUUAUUAUCGCGGCAUAG